AUGACGCAUUCUAGUCUCAAUCAAUUACAAUUCCUGUGGGAUUUGCCGUCAUAUCUUCAUCGGGAUCAUUGUUUCCUCGCUAUCGAGUAUUAUAUUUGGAUAAGCAGUUUGAACCCCUCUUACCCUGCUUAUUGCUGGCUUUACUCUAGCACAGUUAGCAACAAAUAUUGCGACCAACACUGUGUUGGCUUGUACUUAUCUCGCGAUUCUUCUCCCUCGGCUUUGCACGAUUUGAAGGGGGAGAUAAGCCGAUUGGUGACACAAAUACUAACAACAUUGAACCUAUUGUGGUGGACUUCGGCUGAAUUUUCGAGCAAAUUCACCUUAUUCCUCUCUAUGUAUUCGAUAUUUCUUUCCACGACUCCAGGUGUUAUGAUUGAUGACUUCUAUCUACUCUGCAAGGGCUUUCCUAAUGUCCAAUAUGGUUAUGCCGCUUACAUAUGCGACUUCUUGACAAACAUUGUUGGUUUUGCCAGUGCCGUCGGUCUUGAUAUGCCAACACGAGUCAAAACGAGUGACCCUACGAAUAACAUUAUAUAUCUGAUGGAGAAGAAGAGGAAGUAG